AUGGAUAGACGAUACAAUAGGCGAAAUCCAUGGACCCGCUCAAGCCCUGAAGGCCGCGCUCUCAGUACUAUUCCUGAAGCCGGUGUUGUUCAGGCUCGACCUACCAUUGCAACUGUAGAGAGGGCAUCCGCCGCCAAGAUUUUCCUAGAGACUUACUUCAAUGAACUUCUCUAUAAACCAAAUGCAAGAGCUUUGCGGGGCCAGUGUCUCGAGUCUCAGUUGUGCAACUAUUUGCUAAUGACACCGGAAGAGAAGGAGAAGAUUCGGGUGCAAUACAGAAGGCAGGAAACGUGCCAUCUCAGAGAGUCGAGGGCAAUGAGGGCAGGUUCUUUGGCUUACCAUGGAAACCAGGACUCCUCACCCUUGGUCAAUAACUACGAGCCACUUCAAAUUCUGGGCAAAGGCAGUUUUGGAGUAGUAAGACUGGUGCGUGAAAAGCCUGCUCCAGGGCAUGCUUUCCCCGGCCAAGUCUAUGCUAUGAAAGUCAUUCGAAAGACAGAAAUGUUACGGAACAGCCAAGAAGGCCAUUUGCGGGCUGAGAGGGAUUUUCUUGUGGCUUCUGAAGGAUCACAGUGGGCUGUUCCGCUGAUUGCCAGCUUUCAAGACAUAACGAACCUCUACCUAGUGAUGGAGUACAUGCCUGGCGGCGAUUUCCUCGGAUUGCUCAUUCGGCAAAACAUUCUGCAGGAACCCAUUGCACAAUUUUACAUCGCAGAGAUGAUCCUUGCUGUUGAAGAGGCCCAUCGUUUGAACUUUAUUCACCGUGACAUAAAACCAGACAACUUCCUCAUAUCCGCAACUGGUCAUCUGAAAAUAUCCGACUUUGGGCUAGCAUUUAAUGAUCACUGGUCCCACGACGCAGCAUACUAUAAUACUCACCGAUAUUCCUUGGUCCGAAGACUAAAAAUUAACAUAAAUGGUGACGAGACGGAUCAAAAAGGCAAUAAGGAUCUCCUGAAACAUCUUGAGUGGUACCAGUCUCUUGUUUCUGGACUUGACAGGCACGGGAAACAUCCAUUGGCGAGUAACGAGGACCUGCGAAGUCUUAUCGGUUGGAGAAACCGACAUGGUAACCGCACUGCUGCGCGUUCCGUCGUUGGUACCAGUCAAUAUAUGGCUCCUGAAGUCGUUCUUACAGAAGAAGGACGCAAGCAGACGAAACAAAACAUCGUUGACUUCAAGAAGAACUUCCAGUUUCCGUCCAGGCCACUCGUAAGCGACAAGUGCAAAGAUCUCAUCUGCCGCCUGAUCCAAGAGAAGGAUAUUCGGCUGUGUUCAAGGAGGUAUCAGGUCAAAUACCGGGAUUCGUUCAAAAGCUAUGUGUUUCCCGAUGAUGCGGAAGAUAUCAAAGCGCACAGGUGGUUCAGAAACACGCCCUGGGAUCGCCUGCAAUCAAUGCCUCCUCCAUUCACUCCGAAUCUGAAGAGCGAUGACGAUGCACAUUACUUCGAUGAAUCUGAACCAUUUGAAGACUGGUCUGAGUCGAUACCCUCAGGCGUCUUUCUCAGAUCGGAAGAUGUCAAGGAGAUACUUUUUGGAUUUGACACACAUGUGCAAGCAAAGGCUAUGGAGCUAAUCAAAAUCCCGUUCGACGCGGCCAAGCUUCGAAGCAUAGACCGUGAUAUUGAUGCAUCAAAGGAACUUCAGCCGAACGACAAGGCUACACUGAAGCAGUUUAUUAGAUUUUAUGGCCAUAAAGAGCGCAAACGACCAAGAGACAUGUUGCUCCGGGACAAGGAUACCAAAAAGACUUCAUUAAGAAUUCGAAAAGAGACGGCUUUCAUGGGCUAUACCUGGCGCCGGAUGAGACCUGGUGGAUAUAUCGAUCCCAAAGUAACGGAGAUUCCUAAAACGGACGAAAGCCAGGCAUCGACACUGAAUAUUGAGCGUUGA